CUCUCACAGGCGGCCAUUUUGGAUCUAAAAACACAUUUGGCAUCAAAACAAUUUUCUGUUCAGGUUUUACAAAACUGAAAUUAAUCAUGUCCUAAGAAAAGCAAUUGCUUUAUAACUGAUUGUUUUUAUAACAUUUUCUUGAGUUUAUUCUAAAGAUAAGAGAUUCCUCUAACGGUUAGUGGUAAAAAAAAAUGUUUUUUCUCUUACUAUGUCCAAAAUAUUUUAAUCAGAAAAAUUAGAAAUUUUCAAAUAACAAGGAAAAAAUAUAGGGAUACGUAAAUCUUAAUUUUUUAACCAUACACUUAGAAAAUUCAUUCAGCUUUCCAAUGAUAACAAAUUUACUAUGAUUAAACGAGUCAACAACUCUUUAAAACUUAGCACACUUUUUCCAUGUACUAAAAUUUCACUAAGGUCGUGAUGACCUUUUAUCAAUAAUACCAGUUUUUUACAUUAGUAAAAUAAAAUUAGUGUACACUAAAACAUGUAAAAUUGAAUUAUUCUAUUCUGUAUACUAGUCCAAUAUUAUUGAUUAUUAACAUAAAAUGUAAUAAAGAUCUGUAUGCUUGGGAGUUCUUUUGGACAGUCGAUGUCGAGACACAAGAAGCUAAAAUCUGUAAAUCUAGUUAUAUACUCAAUUUAUGAUCAUGGAUCAUAAUUUUAUUGAAUCUGAAAAAUUGGACAAAUCAGAAGCUCAGUCUAAUUGCCUAGAUACUAAAUCCACAGGAAUUGAUGUUGAAGAUAAUGGACAUGGUGAGGAUUGUAAAUCAACCGGUAUACACUUUUUCCCUCCUUUAUAUGCCAAGCGAUAUCGUCUAGCUGUGGAAACACUUACAAAAUAUGAUAUCAAAAGUGUUAUAGAUUUUGGCUGUGCUGAGUGUCACUUUGUGAAACAUCUUUCUUCUGUGCCUUGUCUGGAGGCCAUAGCAUUAGUGGACAUCAACAAAGAGCUACUGGUUUCAAAACAGAAAACUAUAGCUCCAGAACUACGUCACUUUAUCUUCAAAAGAAAAAACCCACUUCAUGUCUCUCUACUGGCUGGAAGUGCAGAGGAGACAGACUCUAGAGUUUCCCAUUUUGAAGGAGUAACAAUGAUAGAACUUAUAGAACACUUGUAUCCUGAUGUACUGCAGAAAGUGACACACAAUGUUUUUGGUAACAUUAAGCCUAGACUUUGUUUAGUCACCACUCCAAACUCUGAAUUCAAUGUGCUUUUCAAAAAUGCUGACCCUAACAAAUUUCGUCACUGGGAUCAUAAAUUUGAAUGGAACCAAACAGAAUUUAAAUCUUGGUGUGAGGAAAUUUGCAGAAGAUAUAAUUACAUAGUUGAAUAUACAGGUGUGGGACUUUUACCUGACAAAGAAACUCAUCAUCUAGGGUAUUGCAGUCAGGCUGCUGUGUUCUGUCUAAAUCACCAGAGGGUUUUCAGCCAAAGUCUUUCAAAUGAACAUUUUUCUCUUUGUUAUGAAUUGAUUGCUGAAGCAGAUUAUCCUUUUGAGAAAGAGACUUGUUCUUUGAAUGAGAGAAUAGAUCUGGAAGUGAAAUAUUGUGUUCAGUAUCUGGCUUCAUCUUUACGUAAGGAAAAUUCUGGCAAUGAUGAAGGCCCAGUGGCCCUACAAAUAUCGAGAAUUCUUAAUUUUCCUAACAUCAAAUCUUUCUGUGAUGAAGAUGCUGUUAGGGAAAGCUUACAUCGAUGUGAAUACCAAAUAUCUGAUGAUCAGCUCAUUGUUUAUGUGCCAGAAGAAGAGAAUGAUGAAAAUGAUGUUAACACUGAAGAAGAUCAAUGUGUCGCCCAUCAAGUAUGUCAAGACUAUGAGAUGCAUCUAGAAAGUUGGGAUUAAACAACAGAAAAUGUGUGUCUUUGUCUUUCAAUAGACCUGUGCUCUAAGGUGGUUGUAAAUAUGUACCUUUCUGAAUUACAUUGGCUUAAGCAAGUUUUUUUGUUAAAUAAAACUUUUUUUUAAAGUA